CUCUCCUUCGGACUCAUUUUUCAGUCAAAACCUCAAUUUUAUUUAAAACCAAUCAUUUUACCAGGGCCCCACCCUUCAGCCAUGUCCACGUCUUGACAGCAGCAAGCCCAAAGGGAGGAUGUACCAAACCCGGCAGGGGUGAGCUGGCUGAGUCUGCUCUGCACCUCCAGGUCAUUGCUCAAUGAUUUACUUGACUCCUAACAUCUCUAAGGAAAUAUUUGCAGUGGAAAUCACCAGAAACCAUAUCUUGUUUGUUUUGCUCCCCACCAAUUGCCCUGGAUGUCCUCAGUGACAUCACUUGCCUGAUGGAAAGCUCUAUAUAUGAAGAUCCCUGGUGUGGGUCCUUCUCAGAAGACAGGGACAUCGGCUGGAGAGCUUCACACUCUUGAGCUUGGUCAGUUACCAGGACCGAAGAUGGCUCCGUUCUGGGCUGUCUUCCUCCUCUGCAGCCUGCUGUCCCCUUCGCAAGGAUUUAGAAUCAUGCCCUUGGGUCCCCAGAUGGAUGUAGAUGAUAUUAAAGAUUCUCUGGCCAAACGCGACCUCCGGAAACUUAAAGGUGGUCUCCUUGGUGGCAACCUGCUCGAUGGUCUCCUUGGAGGAGAUGGUCUCCUUGGAGGAGAAGGUCUCCUUGGCGGUGUCCUUGGACAAGAUGGUCUCCUUGGAGGAGAAGGUCUCCUUGGUGGUGUCCUUGGACAAGAUGGUCUCCUCGGAGGAGAAGGUCUCCUUGGGGGUGUCCUUGGACAAGAUGGUCUCCUCGGAGGAGAUGGUCUCCUUGGGGGUGUCCUUGGAGGAGAUGGAGUCCUUGGAGGUCUCCUUGAUAAAGAUGGUGUCCUUGGAGGUCUCCUUGGCAAAGAUGGUGUUGUUGAUGGUCUCCUUGGCAAAGACGGUCUUGUUGAUGGUCUCCUUGAUGCUGUCCUUAAUAUUCUCCUUGGCGAAGGUGGUCUCCUUGGCAAAAAUGGUCUCGUUGGCAAUCUUCUUGGUGGGAACGGUGAUCUCGGUGGAAACGGUGACCUCGCAGGGCUGAGGAUUGUGAGCAACACCCUGCCCAGAAUAAGCCUGCGCUCGCUGCCCGGCUUCGGGCACCAGGUGGACUUCAACACCCGGAUGCUCAUAGACAGCUCCAGCAUCCCGGGCUUGCCGCGCUGCGUGCAGGUGGAAGCAGAUGUGGGCGCGCUGGUCCAGGACAAGUGGGCGGCUCCCCAGAGCACCCAGGAAUGCCAGACUGUUGACAUAAACGUCAGUGUGAGUCCCAAAGUGCCUGUCCUGGAUCAGGCUUUGAAACGCCUCCUCGCUGAUGUCCUGCGGGAGAUGGGGUGCAACAUCAUCAACACCAGGCUCAGUGUGGUGAGCUCGCUGCUCGGCUCCAGGACCCCCGCGCUCCCGCUGGGGGCUCUGGGAGAUCUGCCCACCUUUUCCAUCCUCGGUGCUGACACCAUCCAGCUGGAUCUAAACCUCCCUGUCGGGGACAUGGAGGGUGCAGUGGGGGCCCCCACCAUGCAGGGACCACCGCUCACUGCCAACCUGCUGCUGGUCACCGGGCGCCCGCCUCGGCUCAGCCUGCCCCAGCGUGCCCUCGGUGUCCUGCUGGAGCUGGCCCAGGAGCAGGGAGCCUUCAACCGCAGCAUCACCAGCUCCAUGGUGCCCAAUAGCAUCUCGCUGUCCACGUCCGCCCUUCUCCCGCUCAUCCCCCAGCUCGCCAAGGUCCUCCCCGGCUCCCUGCCACUGGAGCUGCGCGUGCGGGUGGCCAACGAGCCAGUGGUGGCCGUGAGGGAUGGGAAAGCCACCGCCACCCUCAGAGCCUCCAUCGACGUCCUCAGCCCUGCCCUGCAGUCUGCCCAGAAGCUGCUCUUCUCCCUGGAUGCGGACAUCGUUCUGAGCAUCACCCCAUCAGUCUCCGACGGCAAGCUCCAAACCUCCCUGGCGCUGGACAGCAUCAGCCUGACACGGACACCCCUGAGGCUCGACCCUCUCAGUCAGUGA